GACUUCUUUUCUAUCCUGCAUCUCAGAUGUAUGGAGUACUCUUAGAGAUUCACACUAUUGAUUUCACUCAUUCUUAUCCCAGGGAUCCGUCGUGUUUCUUUUCUUGUCCCGCAAUAUUCUUUCUCGACUGCUUCUCGAUCGUCUCCACAUUUCAUUUCUUAUCUCUCUCAUCCUACGGCGUGCAAUAGCCUCAAGCCCUUUCUGCGAUACAGCCUUGCUCAGAUCGUCUGCAAGGUUAUUCGGAUUGCACAGCUGUCAAUCUUUGCCCGACUGGAUGCAUCUACUGCCAUAUCAAUAGCGGCCAUUAUACGCUUCUACACAAGUGUUAGAGUGGGUCGUCGAGGACUUCAUUUCGCAGAGAAACGGGAACAUCGCACCGGCGUUGCAACUCUUCCGUCGUGUGAUAGAAUCACCAACGUCUCAUUCCCUACAUAUCCCUAUUUUUAUUUGUUGCACGUAUACAAUCAGCAGCAUGUCGGCAAGCGCGAUUGACGCGGUGUUGGGCCCGGCCAUCCAGAUGGCAUCCCCGUGGUCGCUCUUCGACCAAGUAUGGACCACAAUCAUGGGUUAUUCCGCCGAUGAAUUCCACUUCGACCAGGAGAAGACGCCCAUGAGCACCUUCAAGGAGACAGGUGCUAUGAUCGCGUUCUACUAUCUGACAAUAUUCACCGGGUACCAGUGGAUGAAGAACCGUGAACCGUUCAAACUCUCUACUCUGUUUAAGAUACACAACUUCAUGUUGACUGCUGUGAGCGGGGCAUUGCUUGUCCUAUUCCUUGAACAGCUCAUUCCUUCCAUAUGGAAUAACGGCCUAUAUAAGUGUAUCUGUAGUAAGCCCGGUUGGACCGAUAAACUGGUUGUUCUGUACUACCUGAACUACCUCACCAAAUACGUCGAAUUAUUGGACACUGUUUUCCUUGUGCUGAAGAAAAAGCCACUGACUUUCCUGCAUACCUAUCACCACGGAGCAACAGCCUUCCUCUGCUGGACGCAACUCGUCGGCAAGACUCCUGUAUCCUGGGUACCAAUCACACUGAACUUGACUGUCCAUGUAGUCAUGUACUGGUAUUACUUCCAGAGCGCGCGUGGAAUCCGUGUCGGAUGGAAAGAGUGGAUCACUCGUCUGCAGAUCAUCCAGUUCGUCCUUGAUCUUGGAUUUGUUUAUUUUGCUACGUGGGAUUACUAUGCCGAUGAGUGGGGACUAGAUGGCCUACACCUUGGACGCUGCGAGGGUGAAUUAAUGGCAGCAGUUACCGGCUGUCUUACUCUCAGCUCGUACCUCGUCCUUUUCAUUUCCUUCUAUAUUGCCACAUACCGGAAACCUAGCAAUCGUGGCCGCAAAGCACUCGGCGGCAAAAAGGAUCAGGCUGUCACCGCUACUGGACGCGCAGCAGAAACAUUGAAGUCAGCCCGUAGCCGAUUUGGCACCGCUACUAUGGACUCUGUCGAGUCCAGCAAGAGUCAAUGGGCUGUUUCACGCGACUGAGGGCGAGUGGUUCGCAUUGCGGGUUCUUGCCAUGUAUCGUUUUAACCUCAGCUAUCAGCUUCCACUACAGGAAUUCCUUGGGGCUUCCUAAUCGCUUACUUCAUGCACAGAGUCCUUGCUGAACAGUCAUUGUUUGUGUUGCCGUAGUGCUGACGUUCUAUGCGAAAACUAGUCUAAAUCACAUAUGCUUAGUAACCAAUAAUGAUAAUCAUUCUGC